CGCCCCUCGGCCCGGCGCGUGUUGCCCGCCGCCCUCCUCCAGCAGCGGCAGCGGCUUCGCCCCGAAGCCCUGAGGGGAGCCCAGCCCGGCGGAGGGGUCGACCGAGACGGGAAGGAGAGAAGGGGAAGGAAGGCGUCCCCCCUUGCUGAGGGAGAAGCCCCGCGCCAUGAGUCCCGAGGAGAAGCCGCCACCCAGCCGCUCCCGCGGUGACCGGCCGCCACCGCCACCUCAGCCCGCUGCCGGCCGAGGCCGGCGGCGAGGCGGCUUCCUGACGGAGAUCCGCACGCCCAUCCGCACCGAGCCCUUCCAGGAGCGGUACAGCCUCAGCCCCGGCAGGGAGCUUGGCAGAGGAAAAUUUGCAGUGGUGAAGAAGUGUAUCCAGAAAGACACUGAAAGAGAGUUUGCAGCAAAAUUCAUGAGAAAAAGAAGAAAGGGCCAAGACUGUCGGAUGGAAAUAAUCCAUGAAAUCGCAGUCCUUGAGCUGGCACAGUGCAAUCUUUGGGUCAUUAACUUGCAUGAAGUUUAUGAAACUGCAACAGAGAUGAUUUUAGUCCUGGAAUAUGCUGCUGGAGGUGAAAUCUUUGACCAGUGUGUGGCUGAAAGAGAGGAAGCCUUCAAAGAAAAAGAUGUUAAACGACUUAUGAAGCAGAUCUUAGAAGGAGUUUCAUUCUUGCACAGAAACAAUGUGGUUCAUCUUGACUUAAAGCCCCAAAAUAUUCUUCUAACCAGUAAGUCUCCUCUGGGAGACAUUAAGAUAGUAGAUUUUGGCCUUUCCAGAAUAAUGAAGAGCAGCGAGGAACUAAGAGAAAUUAUGGGAACUCCAGAAUAUGUAGCUCCUGAAAUUCUGAGUUAUGACCCAAUCAGUACAGCAACUGACAUGUGGAGCAUUGGAGUACUGGCAUACGUUAUGCUAACAGGGAUAUCACCUUUCUUAGGGGAUGAUAAACAAGAAACAUUCUUAAAUAUAUCUCAAAUGAAUGUAAGUUACUCUGGAGAAGACUUUGACCUCAUAUCAGAGUCUGCCGUGGAUUUCAUCAAAACUCUGCUGGUUAAGAAACCCGAGGACCGGGCAACUGCUGAAGAAUGUCUUCAACAUCCAUGGUUAGAACAAAGCGAUAAUCCUGCUUGCAGGGUCUGGAAUAAGAGUACAGGAGGGGAGAGCAGUGAUGUCACCCAGAAAGAUGCAGAUUCUGCCUUUGAAAAAUCAGUAGAUGCUGAGAAAAAUGAAGAGGAAGAAUCGAUAGUGACAGAAGAACUAAUUGUAGUGGCUUCAUACACACUGGGACAAUGUAGGCAGUCAGAAAAAGAAAAAGUAACUGAGCAGAAAGCUAUUUCCAAACGAUUUAAAUUUGAGGAACCGUUGCUGCAAGAAAUACCAGGAGAAUUCAUUUACUGAACUGUGUGGAGCUUCAUAGCUAUAACUGGAGGGCAGUGUUUUCUACUAAACAAAAAUAUCCUAGCCAAGUGAAUUUCUGAUAUGCAAUAAAUGUUCUAGAUAAAAGAAAAUGUUGAUAAAUGGCAUCCAAGGAAAAUGUGCCAAGUUUUUAAUUUCAUGGAACAAAUAAACAAGAUUUCAAGUGGCUGAUGGGAAUUUAACAGAUAAAAGCUUAUUUUUGUUUGUAUCUUUUAUUUCUGUUUUUUUGUUGUUGUUGCUUCAUAGCAGAGUUUUUGUUAAUUGUUCCAGUGUUAUGGAGAAGUUGACAUUGGAAGUGUUUCAGUGACAGAUGUCAAGAGGAGUAUUUUAGGAUAUAUUUUGGCAUUUAAUGCAAAUAUAAUGCUGGGUUUUCCUCAAACAUCUUUUAGCACUCCUGACUUCAGUGGAACUACCUGCUGAUCUAAAAAUUGUGAGAGGAGAAUUUGAUCAACUGGUUUGACAUACAGAUUUCAAAGCUGUACUAUGUAUACAUUUCUUUAAGUUUACAUCAUGACAAAGACCCAGACUCGCCUGGUGUAUAGCCCAGGUAAGCUGCGCUUCUCUAGCAAGAGAUGCGUGUGUCCCACGGGUGAAGAAAUCUGUCUCGGUGAACAAUUCCAGAUUGCAGUGGUGAUACCUCUUUAUUUGGGAGCACAGUUAAGCCCCGCUCCAGAGGGUGAUGAAUUUGCUGAAGUCAGUGACUCGUGAGGGCCGGCAGAGAUCACUCCCUUCCCCUCCUGUGUUGGGUGACAUGUGCUAAGAGAAUCCAGCUCAGUGUGACUGCGCAGUGUUGAUGAGUGGAACAAAGAAAAUGACAGAGGGCCUGAUGUAGCUCUGUUCAAGUUCUCGCCACUGACUUCACCGCGUUAGAUCAGACAGUUUGUCCAACUCAUGAUAAAUCAGCCCUCGAUUCCACCCCACCCCCCCCCAGAACGCAGCUGGGGUUUUACUGGGAGCAUGAGGUCAUUGCUGCCUUCUUUCUGUUCCUCUAACUGCUGCUUUAAGGAAGAAAGAAGCAUCCUUAGGCUAAAUUGCAUAACCUUGUUCGAUACAGCUAUCAGAUGAGGAAGGAGCGGCUGCUUCCUCUGAAACAAUGAAGCACAACUCAUACCUCGUGCUGCCCGAUCACUCUCCCUUAGGCGCUUGGAAAACCAGCAUGUGUAUGAUGGGGCAGAGUGGGAUUAGGGAGCCGUACGGGUGGGUCGUACCUCUCAAAGGACAUGGUCCCUCAGAGGACAAUGCUGGGACCAACUGGGUAUCAAAAUUGACUGGUUUUUGCAAUGUACAGGUCUGAGGAUCUUGGACCGAGUCCUAGUUUUCUAAGGAAUCUUUCAUAUUGACGCUGUUCCAAAGUUUAAUUUUUAUGUCAUUGAAGUUUAGUACUAUUAUAUUGCAUACUGUUAACUAUUCAACUAUUUAUUUGGUUUCCUUAUGCUGUUCCUUUAUAAUAAACCCUGACAAAAGUUUUCUUGCUAUAAAACAAUGACUAGAAACUGUUAAGCUAGUUUUUCCUUUUUUUCCAUGUUGCUACAGAUUUUUCCUAAUUCCAAAUGUACCAAGAACACUCUUAAUCUUUUGAGUGAACAGGAGUUCAGUGCUCUGUUAAUAUAAUGGUUCCUCUUUCACACAAAAGGUAAAUGGCUUAAAACGCAAGCGGUGCUGGGGGUGAUCUGACUGGCAUUGCUGUAAGGGUGGGAGAAAAAGCGCUCGUAAAGAAAACUGAAAAGCAGCGGUGUGACACUGGGGGGGCAGGCAGGGAUUGUUUUUCCAUAAGGCUUUAUUGCCAGCAGUCUGGUUGCCUUCGCUUGAAGCCACAUCAGAAAAAUUGCACCUGAAUUAAACCGUUCUAUCAGGCUUCUUCCCCCCCCCGCCAUGGAAUUACAUAUUGAAUAUUGAUGCAGGUAGGGAAACUUCUCACUCCUUGAAGACCUUCAUAUAAGCAAAACCAUCCAAUAGUAUGUAAAUGAAUAACAGAGUUUGGAUGUGGUUUAUAUUGUAAUGCAGAGAUGCCUUUCAUACUCUGGAGAAAGGAGUCAUUUGCUGGUUUUUUUUUUCCCCCCCUCCUGUAGACAGUGACCUACAGACUGCUGCUGGGAGGCUACUGUGCACGGCUUUCUUGCGUAGUGCUGGCCGUCAGUAGAAGUUAACACCGCUUCUCUGUUGGCUCAAAGAUUCUGGAGGUGGACAGUAGCUGCAUUACUGCGUGUUUGACCCUACCUACAACGCUGAUCUGUUUCAGAGUUUUUAAGCAUGACGGUACUCUUCACGGGCAUCAUUCUUUUACUGUUCAGUCAUUUGCCCAAGAUGAUUUGCUUGGGGGGGAUAUUAACUUAUCAAACUCAUUUCUGCAAGAUAAAAAUUUCUCCCGGUUUCCCUCACUGCCAUUUUGGCUUUUAUUUUUCUCCCACAUCCAUACUCCCUUGCUUUUACAAAGUUGAGCAAAACACUGAGGCUGAAGCGUGUUCACAUCCCACCCUUACGAAACAAAUUUAUAGUGCCGUAUCUGCAUACCGAAAUGUGUAAUAGCUCAUGGUUGCUCAAAGCAAAUCAUCCGAGGAACCUAUAAGCUGUUUCAGUUCUUAUUUGUAACGACAGAUCACGUCUCAGAUGGGGCUUGGUACUAAAGAAAAAGGGUAGAUGCUGAGCAGCAUGCAUUUUGUCCCAUGUUUACUGCAUGACAAGCUGAACAUGUAUAAAUGAACUAUGUACUUAUUACAAGGCCAGUUUCUCCUGAAUUGGCUGCUUUGACUCUUCAAGUGGGCUGCAUUUCUGUUUAACUUUUUGUGCCUUAAGGUGGUUUUGUACAGUGUUUUUUAACAUCAUUAAGAAUUUGUAUAAAGUUGUGGAAGUUUAAUGGUGUAAGUUAUAAACGAGGCAUCUUAGGUUGGCCCUGUAAUAGGAAAAGUUUUCUCUGAGGUUUAACUGGAGGACUCUCAGCCAGUCCCACACACUUGGAGCUGUUUCUGUUCCACUGUAAGCGCGGGUAAAGCUGUAAAUGAGGAAUUCUUACCCUACGCGGCAGAAAGGGGGUUAAGGUUUUUUGAGAGGCUUAGUUACUGGUGAAGUAACGCAUUAAGACUGGGAACAAAUCACUAGCUUGCGAGGAAGGGCUGGUUUUCCGCAGCUCCGUGAAUACGGAGGACUGCAGGUACAGACACGGUUCAUCGGAAAUAAAGCUGCUUAUGCCUUAAAGUGUUUGUGGGGGGAAAAGGGGGUGGUUGCGGAGAAGGAAUCAACUCCUUGUCCUUUGUGGGGAAUGCUCUCCCAGUUCCCGCUCUCCAGACUGGGCACCUGCUGGCUGCCUUCCUGACACUGGGAAUGUGGCUUGAAUUCUUGAAUGCAGGAAGCUGAAGGGAAUGGAAGUGCAGGUGGUGUUAGAAAUUGCUGGAGAAUUGUUGUUUCUAUGGUUCUGAGGCAAGAGACAUGAACUAUAUCUACAGGUGCGGGGGGGUCCAGGCCUGUGCUUCCGCUGCAGUUGUUGGAAUAAACAGCAAACAUCUAGUUGAGAGCAAAGCCUGGCCUCCUCUUGUCUUGUUGCUAGGUUCACCUCUUUAAGCAAAAGGCUAUAGAUUUUAUAGUCAUUAAACUAAAAGUUCUACGAAAUAAUUUUUUAUUUGUCCAAAGCUGAAUUUGCGUUGUGAUUUGUCUCAUUUCUUACAUAUUUCAUUUGAGGGUCCCUAAAUACGAAAGGUUGAAUUCCAGCUUGUGAUCUGCCAGGUGAACCUUGAGAGCUGUUAGGUAGGAAAUGCAAAUAAAAAUCAACUGUCUGUUCUCCACCGGUGGUGCUGGCAGGGGACAGGGAGGAAGGUGGGCCUUGCGCCAAGUUAUUCCGUGGCUUAAAAUCUCUCUUGAAUAUUCCAGGUGCUGUUCCUGGAAGACAGUUCAACAUUUUAAAGAAAUAGUGCCAGUUCAUUGUACUUCUGAUAAGGUGUUUACUGUUUCAGGAACUUUACAAUAAAUGAAAUAUUGUUUUCUG